GGAGUGAGAAAUAAAGAGUUUUUUUUUAGUGUAUUUCAAUCCUAUAAAUUAAGUCCCUUUUGAGAUUUAGCUUUGUUUUAGACAUACAUGGAUGUUUUAAGACAUUACUCUGAUCCACAAUAUCUAAUGGGGUCUGAUAUUUGUUCCUUGGAGUUUGAGAGUGGCAGCGAUUGCAUUGUGAACUUGUCAGACGAGGAGGUCAUGUUGGCUUCCCAAAAUCCUAAGAAACGAGAUGGGAGAAAGAAGUUCAAGAAGACAAGACACCCAGUGUACCGUGGAGUGAGGAGAAAGAAUUUGUGGAAAUGGGUUUGUGAAAUGCGUGAGCCAAAUAAGAAAUCGAGGAUUUGGCUUGGGACUUUUCCCACGGCAGAAAUGGCGGCGCGUGCACAUGAUGUGGCAGCUAUCGCUCUCCGUGGCAAGUCCGGGUGUCUAAAUUUUGCCGACUCUGCGUGGCGGCUUCCGAUACCAGCAUCGGCGGCGACGAAGGAUAUUCAGAGGGCGGCCGCGGAGGCGGCUGAGGCAUUUCGGCCCGCGGAGUUGGAUAGAGUUUUUGGGGAUGAAUCCAGAUGGAAGUUAGAAAAUGCAGCGGCGGCAGCAGUGGCUGCUACAGCAGCGGCAGCAGUGGCUGCUACAGCAGCGGCAGUAGCGGCGGAGAUGGAGGAGGAAGGUGUGUGUUUUAUGGAUGAAGAGGCGGUUUUCGGCAUGCCAGGGUUGUUGGCAAGUUUGGCAGAGGGGAUGUUGUUGCCUCCACCUCAUUGUUAUGAUGGAGAUGACAUGGGAACUGAUACUGACAUGUCAUUAUGGAGUUACUCAAUUUGAUUGAACUGAAUUAAGCUUAAUAGUAUUGAGCUUAAUUCAGCACUUUCUCAUAAAAAAGAAGCAGCUUAAUUUAGCAUAUAGAAGGGUUGCUUAUUGGGAAUAAUUUUUAUUCUUCAUUCUUAUUGUUUUUGAUUAAGUGCGGUGUUAUGGGGAAAAUCAUAAAUUGUGGGAAAAGCCCCAGAAAAAUGCUGCAUUAUUAAUUUAUAUAUGUUGGAUGUGUGGGAAUGUUGGAGAUGGCGUAGCCAUAUUGAACAAAAGAAUUAUAUUCCAUUUUCCAUAAUGUAUGGUAUAAUGGACAUGUUUGCAAAAUAAGUUUGUACUUUAAUAUUUAAUCUACCCAUUUGGGGCAUUUACAUCAAUCUAUGAAAGAAAGUUGUUCAACGUCUUA